GAAGUAUGUUAGAACUAUAAAUUUCCUUGACAUUUUACUAAAAAAAACACAGUAGCCAAGAAAACAUGAAACUUGCAGGGUACACAUGGAUGCUACUCUUUUUGUGCCUUUGGGGGCUUCUCACUUGUGGAGAAGCCAACCAGGCUGAAACCCUUCGUAGCUUUCUCAAGUCCAGAUUGUCACGGAAACCUGCUGCCGCACAUUCUUUGGCAUGGUUCCAUAACAAAACAGGGUAUUCUCCCAAUUACGUACAGCCCCAAGAUGGCUCCAUGGAGGCUGAUAAAAUUGGUGCAUUGCCUGGACAACCUAAUGCUGUGGAUUUUGACCAUUACGCAGGAUAUGUGACUGUUGAUUCUCAGGCUGGCAGAGCACUUUUCUACUACUUUGCUGAGUCCCCAGAGAACUCUUCUACAAAUCCUUUGGUUUUAUGGCUCAAUGGAGGACCAGGAUGUUCUUCAUUAACUGGAGCAAUGACGGAAUUAGGACCUUUCAGAGUAAAUAGCGAUGGGAAAACUCUUUUCCGAAACAUUUAUGCGUGGAACAAUGUGGCGAAUGUGAUCUUCUUGGAAUCCCCAGCUGGAGUAGGCUUUUCGUAUUCCAAUACAUCCUCCGAUUAUGACCGUACAGGUGACAAGAGUACUGCAGAAGAUGCCUACACCUUCCUUGUAAACUGGCUCGAGAGGUUCCCGCAAUAUAAAACCCGGGAUUUUUACAUAACUGGAGAGAGUUACGCUGGUCACUAUGUGCCCCAGCUUGCUUACACCAUUCUUCUCAACAACAAAAACUCAAAUCAAACAGCGAUUAAUCUUAAAGGCAUUGCGGUUGGGAAUGGUUUGAUUGAGGAUAUUACAUUUUAUUUGGGGAGAUUUGACUUUUUAUGGACGCAUGCUUUAAACUCUGAUGAAACCAACAAGGGCAUCCACACCUAUUGCCACUAUUUUAAUGGAAAAGAUCCAAAACAAUGUGACGACUUCCAGAACCGGGCGUAUGAUGAGGCUGGUGAUAUAGAUGGUUACAAUAUUUAUGCCCCACUUUGUCAAGAAUAUUCAGUAUCAAAUAAAGGCUCACAGGGUUCGGUAAAUAGUUUUGAUCCGUGCUCAGGCGCCUAUAUGAUAUCUUAUCUGAAUAGACCAGAGGUGCAAACAGCUCUCCAUGCUAAGCUUUCAGAAUGGCAUCAAUGCAGUUCAUUUGACUGGGCUGAUAGCCCAGCUACUGUCUUACCAAUCAUCAAGAGUCUCAUGGCAAGUGGUCUCCGAGUCUGGCUGUACAGUGGUGAUGUAGAUGCAGUUGUCCCAAUUACCACAACAAGGUAUGGGAUAAACAUCCUGAAUCCCCCCAUCAAAACUGCUUGGCGUUCAUGGUCCAACAAUGAUGAGGUUGGAGGAUAUGUGGUGGAAUAUGAAGGUCUGACAUUGGUCACAGUGAGAGAAGCAGGGCAUUUUGUUCCAAGCUACCAGCCAGCUCGUGCUCUUACCAUGAUUUCCUCAUUCCUCCAAGGAACUCUGCCUCCACCGUGAUCUUUCUGCACUAAUGACUAAAUGAAUGAUUUUCUAAGCUUUUCCUAUGCAUUUUAGAAAUGAAAAUUAAGCAAGGAACAACAAAUAAGGAAGGUAUACGAGACUAUAGCAACAAUGUUGGGCUUGGAACAGACAUUUUACAUCAUUGGAUGUAAAUCUGUUAUUUGAAAAUCCAGUAAUGCAUUGUGAAUAAAUGAAUUUGAAUGAAGAGCUGAAGAUGAAAUUAUCUUACUA